AAUUAAUUGUAAGAUGAAUCGUAACAAGAAUCAGGCGACCAAGGUCCAAUCCUAUGAAGGGGCGUUGAAACAUAAUGAUUUCUAUUAAAGAGAACUGAAAAACGUAAAAAUGGCAAUGAAUCAGACAAUUUGAUUUCGCGUUUAGUAUUUCGGAACAUUUGAUAAUUUUAUUGACCAACUCAUAAUGGCCAAGAAGUGGUAAAAAAGAUUGAUCGAAAGCGCGGUUACCAAGGGAGAAGACCAAAGAGAAUGUCGAAUUGCUACAUUGAUGGUUGGAAUUUUAUAUUUUGUUGUUCGAGAAGGACACCAAAUCGUAACCAAGCUCCUACUCACGAAGAGCAUACAGAUGAUGUAAUUCUAGACAAACAAUUAAUAGGUGACGAAGUAGUCAUUGUGAAAUCUGAUUUACGAAUAUGCGGCUCUGGUGCUGCUCUUGCUACAGCUCCUAUAGUUCAAAAUAAAGCUUAUUUUGAGAUCAAAGUACAAUGUGGAGGUGUUUGGGGUGUUGGUUUGGCAUCACGAAAGUGUGAUUUGAAUCGUUUACCAUUGGGAAACAAUGAAGACAGCUGGGUUUUAAGGUCUGAUGGCAGUAUUUGUCAUGCUGGAGAAGUUGUUCAUAAAUUAAAUGUUAUGCCUGAUGAAGGAGACAUCAUUGCUUGUACCUAUGACCAUGCUGAACUAUAUUUCUACAUAAAUGGGUGUAAAGUUGAAUUUCCUCUAACAGGAAUAAAAGGAACUGUGUAUCCAGCGGUUUAUGUGGAUGAUGGUGCUAUCCUAGAUGUUAUAUUUAAAAACUUUUGUUAUCCACUACCUUCUGGUUAUAGUCGAAUACUAUACGAGAAAUCACUUCUUUGAUGGCAAGAAUAGAAUUUAUUCACUAUUAAUGACGUUUUGUAAAGGUUGGAAAGGUAAUCCUCCGCAAAUCAAUUGCACUGCGAGAAAGUAUAGUCAUUAUUAUCAGAGAGAUAAAAUGUUCAUUGGUUAGAGAACUUUUAGCAUAACAAUUAUAUGAAACAAUUAGGAUUAAAGAAUAUUUUGAUAUGACCAAUUUUUAUGUGGUAUAAGGUUUUUAGCAUUAUCUUUGAGUGGUUACACGGUUAUAAUGGGCAAAAAUCAAAAUGUUUAUACUACCUUAUGCUCUGUUGAUGUUUUCAAUUGUCAAAGUUGGGUUAAAUCAUAAAGAUUACCUAGAACAGUGAUGUACCACGAGCAAGUUAAAUAGUUGGGAAAAUAAUGAUCUUUGGAAACAGCAAAGGAAGUACUAUGACCGUCUUGGGUUAAGCUCAUUGUUUUUUUAAUACUUUCAAUAGAUGGUUGCAGGAUGAAGUCCUUCGUAUUAGUUUAAAUUUUAAUAUUUCAUAAUACUUUGUGAAACACAAAAUUAUUUACUGGUGACUGUCUACAAACAUUGAAAAUGAAUAAAAUUUAAUAUACACAAAAUAAAGUAGUAGCUAAUACGAAAUGAAUUGCAA